UACAUUAACGACUCUCUUCGUUCGGAUCAAUGGCUUUUUCUCUCCCUUCUUCCUGACUCUCAUCGAGCGUCUAUCUGAAACCUAAUUCUAGAAUCGUAAAUUUGAUGUCUCUUUUGUAAAAUUCAUCAACGAUUUCUCUUUUUUUUAUGAUUGGUUGAUUAAUCGCAUGGGUAGUGGCAGUGAUUCGGCGACCUCUCUCGCUCCUGGGUUCCGAUUCCAUCCAACCGAUGAGGAACUCGUUCGAUACUACCUGAAGCGCAAGGUCUGCAAUAAACCCUUCCGCUUCGACCCAAUCUCGGUCAUCGACGUCUACAGAUCCGAGCCCUGGGACCUUCCAAGUAGGUCGAAGCUGAAGAGCAGAGAUUUGGAGUGGUAUUUCUUUAGUGCGUUGGACAAAAAGUAUGGGAACGGCUCGAGGACGAAUCGGGCCACAGAGAAAGGCUACUGGAAGACCACUGGUAAGGACCGGCAGAUUAGCUGGAAUAACAAGACUGUCGGUAUGAAGAAAACCCUCGUGUAUCAUCUAGGCCGAGCUCCCCGUGGCGAGCGCUCCAAUUGGGUCAUGCACGAGUACCGCCUUACUGAUGAUGAUCUGGAAAAAGCUGGGAUAGCCCAGGAUGCAUUUGUUUUGGUUAGGAUAUUUCAGAAGAGUGGCUCGGGUCCAAAGAAUGGGGAGCAAUACGGAGCGCCUUUUAUUGAGGAGGAAUGGGACGACUAUGAGGAGGUGCCCUUGCCUGCUGAGAAAGCCCUGCCAACUGCUGAUGAGGUUGAUUUUAGUUAUGGUCCCCCCGUUGAGGCUGAUAACCUGGAACAGAAUGAAAAUGGUAUAUUUUUCGAGGACCCUGCUUACCCACCAGACUUCUAUUAUGAAGAUACAAGUAAUAAUUUUGACCAUUUGAGGGGAUUCAGUGAAGAUGAUCAAAAGCCCAUGAUAGGCAAUGGUGGGUUGCAGUAUGGUCAAGUGACCGGCGUUGGUAACUUACCACCUGAGCAAUAUGAGAUUGAUGCCAAACCAGUCAAAGAUGAAUAUUUUGCUGCUGAAUCGAGCAAUAAUGGGAUUCCUAAUGAUGUCAAUUACUUGGUUUCUGAAUCGUACAUGGAUGCUACAGAUCAUCCUUCACUUGUUGAUGGUUUCUACCUGGAAGCUAAUGAUCUUUCACAUUCCGUUGAGGCAGAUGAUGGAGGUUUUGAAAUGGUUGAUGAGUACCUCAACUUUUUCGAUGCCGAAAAUGACAAUUUUCUUUUUGAUCCUUCAGAAUUUCUGGAAAGUGAUAGCAUUCCCUAUGAACAGGUUCCUCAAAAUCAAAAGGAUGUCUGUGAGGACACACCCAAGCAAGGCCAAGAUCAAUUAGAAACACUUGGAAAUGCUGAUGCUUCUUCCUCGAAGCAGAAGCAUGAAGAUGCUAAACAAUUUGAGCCUGAAGGGGACUAUCCAUUCCUUCAAAAGGCCAGUCACCUAUUGGAAGGCAUUUCUGCUCCUCCUGCAUUUGCUUCUGAGUUGCCUAUGAAGGAUGCAGCUCUCCGCCUAAAUUCAGCGUCAUCAUCUUCCAGUUCGGUUAGGGUUACUGCUGGUAUAAUCACAAUAGAGAACAUGACUUGGUCAUCUGGCAAGAAUGGAGACCUCAGCAUCAUCCUUUCUAUUGGCAUUUCACAAAGUCCUGCCAGUUUGGUGCCAAUGGAUAGCUUAUUUUCGGGGAAGACAGGAUCUGGGACAUCAUGGAGCUGGUUCUUCUUGACGUUGUUUUGGGUCCUGCUUCUUGCAGUGAGUUUUAAAGUUGGAACCCAUAUUUGUGCCAAUUGAUAUUUUAUCAAUAGCAUGGUGAUAAAUUCCAAGAAAAAAAAAUGGGCUCUAGGUAUUUUACUAGGUCAGCUACUGGUUGAACGCUCAAUAAGGUCGACUGGGACAAAAUGUUGCCCGAUAUUCUUUCUUUUAUCUCGUUGUAGGUAAUGCUGACUUCGUCACUGGUCCUUCUUGUUGUAUACCCUGCUAUUUGGUCUUACGGUGGUAGGUGUUGACAUUAUUUGCUCUAUAAUCCUGUUAACACGUCAAGACUUGGUAGUUUUUUACUUCCUUUCAGUCAUCAAGUUCUGCUUAGAAAUCCAUUGCCUUUUUGUGGCAUUCGAUUCCAUCUAUUCUUCAUUGGAAGCAUAGUUAUUUGAUGGUAAGGAAGAAAUUGCAUGUCA